CCCUCUCUUUCUCAGUCCCUCUGCAGCAAAGUCUUCACUUUGUAUAAGCUUGAUUGACUCGAAAUCUCUAACGCCCUCACAAAACCUCACACAUCAGGAUUUCGACGGCCGUUAAUGGCGGUCCCCGUAGAUGCCAUUAUCAAGCAGUCGCCGCCUUCUUCGAGUCUGCGUUUCGCCUUCGGAAAUGUUCUCGCCUUCUUCAUUCUCCUGUUAAUCGGAGUUCUUGCAUUCUCGAUCCGUUUGUUCUCGGUCAUUAAGUAUGAAAGUGUUAUUCAUGAAUUCGAUCCUUAUUUCAAUUACAGAGUCACUCAGUUCCUCACAAAGAAUGGGAUAUAUGACUUCUGGAAUUGGUUUGAUGAUCGCACCUGGUAUCCUCUUGGACGAGUCAUUGGUGGAACUGUGUACCCUGGAUUGACUUUGACUGCUGGAACUAUAUGGAAGGUGCUUCAAUCCUUGAACAUUCCUCUCUCUGUAGAAACUGUGUGUGUAUUUACUGCUCCUGUGUUCUCUGCCUUUGCUGCAUGGGCUACAUAUCUACUAACCAAGGAAGUUAAGGGAACAGGUGCUGGACUUACUGCUGCAAUUCUUCUUGCCAUGGUUCCAUCUUAUAUAUCUCGAUCAGUGGCUGGAAGCUAUGAUAAUGAAGCAGUUGCUAUCUUUGCUUUAAUCUUCACUUUCUAUCUCUACAUCAAGACUUUGAACACAGGAUCCCUCUUCUAUGCUACAUUAAACUCCAUUUCAUAUUUCUACAUGGUCUGUUCUUGGGGAGGAUACACCUUUAUUAUCAACCUUAUACCAAUGCAUGUGCUUCUUUGCAUUGUAACUGGUCGCUAUUCCUCUCGUUUAUACAUUGCAUAUGCUCCACUUGUUGUUUUGGGAACUUUAUUAGCAGCAUUGGUGCCUGUUGUUGGUUUUAAUGCAGUGAUGACAUCAGAACAUUUUGCAUCAUUCUUGGUUUUCAUUGUUAUCCAUGUGGUUGCUCUUGCACAUUAUAUCAAAGGAAUUCUCUCUCCAAAGAUGUUUAAAGUCGCUGCUACCCUUGUAGUAUCUGUUGGCCUGGUGGUAUGUUGUGCUGUGAUAGCAGUACUUGUAGCAGUAGUUGCAUCUAGUCCUACAAAAGGAUGGAGUGGAAGAAGCUUAAGUCUUCUUGAUCCAACUUAUGCAAGCAAAUACAUCCCAAUUAUUGCAAGUGUCAGUGAACAUCAACCACCUACAUGGCCAUCUUACUUCAUGGAUAUUAACGUUUUAGCAUUCUUAGUCCCUGCUGGAAUUAUCGCAUGCUUUACACCGUUAUCUGAUGCAAGCUCCUUUGUAAUCCUUUACCUAGUCAUGUCGGUUUAUUUCUCUGGUGUCAUGGUAAGGCUGAUGCUUGUGCUUGCUCCAGCUGCAUGCAUAAUGUCUGGAAUUGCACUUUCUGAAGCUUUUGAUGUUUGUACAAGAUCAAUUAAAUACUAUAUUUCUACCCUUUCUGAUAGUCUCCUGACUGAUGCAGGGGAUAUUGUAUCCCCACAAAAUGACGUCAUCAAGCCUGAGAAAAAGGAAGACUUGUUGAAGGAAAGACCUUCUAGAAAGAACAAGAAAAAGGAGAAGGAGAAUAUCGAAAAGCCUUCUGUGAAACCCCAAAUUACAAAAAUGCCCCUGGUCUUGCCUGUUGAGGCAUCCAUCUUUGCUCUUUUCUUGAUUGUCUUGCUCGGUGCCUUCUAUGUUGUCCAUAGUGUUUGGGCUGCAGCAGAGGCGUAUUCGGCUCCUUCAAUUGUGCUUACAUCUCAUUCCCAUGAUGGACUUCAUGUUUUUGAUGAUUUCAGAGAGGCGUAUGCAUGGUUAAGCCAUAACACAGAAGUAGAUGACAAGGUUGCAUCUUGGUGGGACUACGGUUACCAAACAACCGCAAUGGCAAACCGCACUGUCAUUGUUGAUAAUAACACAUGGAACAACACACAUAUCGCAACAGUUGGCACUGCCAUGUCAUCACCUGAAAAGGACGCGUGGCAAAUUUUCAAUUCCUUGGAUGUGAAAUACGUACUUGUCGUGUUUGGUGGUCUCGUGGGAUACCCUAGCGAUGACAUAAAUAAAUUCCUAUGGAUGGUUCGUAUUGGAGGAGGCGUUUUCCCACACAUCAAGGAACCUGAUUAUCUGAGAGAUGGUCAAUACAGAAUUGACUCACAGGCGACUCCAACCAUGCUUAACAGUCUCAUGUACAAAUUAUCGUAUUUCAGGUUUGUGGAGACCGAUGGUGGUAAAGGAUACGAUAGAGUAAGGAGGACUGAAAUUGGAAAGAAAUACUUUAAAUUAACACAUUUUGAGGAGGUAUUCACAACUCAUCAUUGGAUGGUUCGGAUUUAUAAAUUAAAACCUCAAAAGAAUAGGAUUCGAGGGAAGACCAAGAAAUUAAAAUCGAAAACAAGCUCGGCUACACCGAGAAGCGGGACAACACUGAAGAAAAAUCCUUGGCAUUAGAAGUUAAGGAGAUAUGAAAUUAGAUGAGAUACACAGCUUUUUUUUAUACAAACGAUUGUGAGUUGUGAUCAUCAAUCAAAAGAUUUUGUAGGGAGUUAUGUUGGUGAAUGAGAUAAUCAACUUUUGAACUACAGGUAAAGGAUUCGUGUUUUUAUAU